UCGAAAAGCUGCCCGAUAGAGGGGGCUAAAGCGCAGGCCCCCUUUUCAUUAAUGAGGCAUUGUAGGCUUCGUGGUCUGUUUCUGCGUAUCUGACCUUGUUUUUCUGCUUGUGCGACGUAGUAGCGAAACAAUUUGCAGCAUGUCUAAGGAGGCCCCGCGAGAACCGGAGCAGCUUCGCAAGCUCUUCAUAGGGGGGCUUAGCUUUGAAACCACUGAUGAGAGCCUAAGAGCUCACUUUGAGCAAUGGGGAGCCCUUACGGACUGCGUGGUGAUGAGGGAUCCCAAUACAAAGCGUUCAAGAGGAUUCGGGUUUGUCACAUAUUCUUCAGUGGAGGAGGUCGAUGCAGCCAUGUCUGCCCGACCUCACAAGGUGGAUGGCAGGGUUGUAGAGCCAAAAAGGGCGGUGUCCCGAGAGGACUCCUGUAGACCUGGUGCUCACAUGACUGUGAAAAAGAUCUUUGUUGGUGGCAUCAAGGAAGACACAGAGGAGCAUCAUCUCCGGGAUUACUUCAAGCAGUUUGGCAAAAUCGAAGUUAUCGAGAUCAUGACUGACAGAGCCAGCGGAAAGAAGAGGGGCUUUGCCUUUGUGACAUUUGAUGACCAUGACUCGGUUGACAGGAUCGUCAUUCAGAAAUACCACACAGUGAACGGCCAUAACUGUGAAGUCAGAAAAGCUCUAUCAAAACAAGAAAUGAUGACUGCAGGUAUGAAUAUGAGAGGACGGGGAGGGGGCAGCGGUAGCGGAGCUGGAAACUUCAGCCGCGGCGGUGGAUAUGGAGGUGGCUUUGGAGGAGGAAGAGGCAGUGGGAGUAACUAUGAAGGAGACGAUUACAAUGGUUUUGGGGGCGAUGAUGGAUACAGUAGUGGCCCUGGUUAUGGAGGGAGCCGUGGUUAUGGUGGAGGCCAAGGAUAUGGGAACCAAGGAGGAGGGUAUGGAGGAAAUGGAGGGUAUGAGAACUACAACCAUGGUGGAGGAGGUGGAAACUUUGGCAGUGGGAACUUCGGAGGGGGCAGCUAUAAUGACUUUGGCAAUUACAACAGCCAGUCCUCUUCGAAUUACGGCCCGAUGAAAGGAGGCGGUGGCUUUGGUGGCAGGAACAGCGGCGGCCCGUACGGUGGGGGUUAUGGUGGCGGUUCUGGUGGCUACGGCGGGGGAUCUGGAGGCCGCCGGUUCUAAUUGAGAGGAAUCAGUACUUAGGAGAGGAGAGCCAGAGAAGUGACAGGGAAGCUGCAGGUUUACUCCCUAUUUCUGCUCAGCCAAGCGCAGUUGUGGCAGGUUUCAGCUGCGACAUGAAGAGAAGUGCUCAUAAAAUAGAGAAGAAAAAAAAUCAUGUCGGAGGCGGGGGGGGGGCUUAUGUAGUUGCUUUUUGUGUGAAGUGUAAAACAUUCCAGGGGUUUUUGUAAUUUUUUUUUUUUUUUUUUUUUUUUUUUUUUUGUAAUGCCCAUCUGGUGUUUUUAAUGUAACAGACAAAUCAAGUUGAAAUAAACCAUCUUUCAGUUUUUUUUAAAUAAAUGUGCGUUUAAUUUAACAUAGGUGGGAGAUUUUAAUAUGGUGUCCUUAAAGGGAAUGCCUCGGGUGCCUUUGAAUUGCUGUUCAUUCGCUUAAUCUGGUCACCUGUGAAUCUGGCGUCCUGUUCUGUAACAUGCCACGGCCCUUCUGUAGCGGCUGGGUUGCGAUGAUGGUCAUUAUUCUUGAGUUAUGAAGACUUUUCUGCUUGUGUGGUAUACUGUAAAUCCUCCCUUUUUAGAAUUGCACCUUUAGGAGUGCAUGGAGUAUGACUGUGGUUCAAACAGCCUUGGUUUCUCUCUUUGCAAAAUACAGCAUGCAAGAUAAAGGGUUCGAAUUGAGUCUAGAUCUUUAAGCAUUGUUCAGGUUCCUCCAACACUAUAUAUCAUUGCCAUGGUCUUGGAAGCCUCGUCUCUCCAUCAAAGACCUUUCGAUGUUCAAAGCGGGACAGGAAAGCCAUUCCUAGGCCUGUAGCUACUGUCACCCUGGGCGCCGGUGGCUUAGCUUACAUGCAGAGCUUGAGGCUAGGCUUGGAAGCCAGCUGAGGGAAAGAAGUAGCAAGAUCUUCGCAAGAAGCCAGUGACGCAGGGGACAGUCUUUGAGUACAGAAGGUUGCUCUUUUAAGAAUAGACAGCAUCAGCUACGAGGGGUAUUUUAUACCAUACUAGUAGGUAAGAACAGAUUUUUCAACUUUACUAUUUGUAUGUUUGCCGAAAUACUAAAUAGCAGAUCAGAGUUUGUUUCACACAGUGUGUUCACUUGAAGUGGUGAAAUUGAGUCUUGUGUUUUCCUUUUUUUAAGGGGUAAUGUUUUCUGGGUAAGUAUGGGAUACAGCUCUAUUUGAGUGGUCAUUUGAUAUCCCUGUUUGAUACAAACCCUGACUGCUUGAAUCAACACUUAAUGUUUAAAUUGUCUGGAUUUUGGUUCUGAAUUGUGUUAUCGGCCAUUUUGGUAAAAUCCUGUCCGCUCGUAGCAGUAAUGCAUGCAUUGUUUGGUAGGACAUGUUUGUGAAGCCAGGGUUUAAUGCUAAAACAUCGAAGCAGCAAAAUUUAUGUUGUCAUCAAAUUUGUGAAGUUUCUAAUAUUUCUUUUGUUCUUAUUUUCAGCCAUGUGAAUAAUGUUGGCACACGAAGAAUGCUAGACGUCUGCGCUUCCUGCACUUUACUCAAGGGGAAAGAUGAGAGGACCUGAGUGUGUGGGAGCACCAUUUGAAGCUGUAGCUGCUGGGCAGCCUUUUUAUGUAAUAAAACUUUUUUUUAUAAUA